AGAAAAUGCUUUCCCGAAAAAUUCGAAACGUAUCAUGGAUUGUUCUAUCUGUUGCUCUUGUUGAGCACGUUUUUAAUAUGGUGUCAAUAGUAAUGAGAGCUCGCAGUGAAAAAUUGGAUCCGGUGAAAACAUUAUUUGAUACUCAGAUUCCAUUGGUAUUUACCUUAACCGAAUUGACAUGGUGGAAAGCGGCGCUGGUCAAAUGGUUUAAUCUUGUGGUUACCUUUGCAUGGAGCUUUUUGGAUUUGUUUGUCAUGAUCGUUAGCAUUGGUUUGGCGUCACAAUUCAAACAAUUGAAUGCCGAUUUGCGGCACAUGAAAGGCAAACAAACAUCCGAGGUUUUUUGGAUUUUGCGUCGCAUUCAAUAUCGGAAAGUGGCCCAUCUGUGUACCGCCGUUGAUGAUUGCAUUUCGCACAUUAUUUUGGUUACAUUUGCAAAUAAUUUGUUCUUCGUAUGUGUUCAAAUCGUCAGAAGCAUAAAACCGAUGCCCUCGUUUAUGAACAAAGUAUACUUCUGGUUUUCAUUGAUAUUUUUAAUUACGAGAACGGUGGCUGUUUCGCUUUUUGCGUCAUACAUUCAUGACGAAUCGAAAAAAUCAAUUAAUGUUUUACGCGCAAUACCGAGGCAAUCCUGGUGCAAAGAGACCUACCGAUUUUCAGAGGAAGUGAUCAAUGAAACCGUUGCAUUAUCGGGCAUGAAAUUUUUCUUUUUAAAACGCAGCAUAAUUUUAACGGUGACGGGAUGCAUUGCGACGUAUGAAUUGAUAUCUCGAACCUUGGCCGUUUCAUUAUAUUCGGCUGAGAUUCAUGAUGAAUCGAAAAAGCCAAUGGAGAUACUUCGAGCUGUACCCACUCAAUCUUAUUGCACGGAAGUUCAACGAUUUUCCGAGCACGUGAUCAAUGAUACUGUGGCUCUGUCUGGCAUGAGGUUUUUCUUUCUCACACGUAAGCUCAUUCUGAGUAUGAUUGCUACGAUUAUUACAUAUGAAUUGGGUGAAAUAAAAUGCUUACAACGAGCCACACGCAAAGAUUUUCUGUUUAACGGUAGUUUUCACGAGGCAAUUGGUUCAAUUUUAGUAAUGGCCCAGUGCUUUGGUAUGAUGCCUGUGGUUGGUGUCAAAUGUAGCUCAGCUUCAAAAUUACAUUUCAAAUGGAGUAGUUUUAGAACAAUCUACAGUUUCGUUGCAUUCAUUUUGACGGUAAUCUAUGCCGCAAUGACGUUUUGGGUGACAUUUUCGGAAGAAAUCAAGUUUGAACAAAUGGUUCCUGUUAUCUUCUAUGCAUCAGCCGUUUAUGCAAUGUUUCGAUUUGGUGUUUUGGCGAUGCACUGGCCAACAUUAAUGAGACGAUAUGAAUCAAUUGAAUCAAAAAUGCCGAAGUAUAAAUAUCAAAGGGAAAAAAGGAAGCUGGCGUUACAUUUGAAAAUUUUGACGAUUGUGGUGAUGAUGGGGUCGUUGUUGGAGCACCUUUUAAAUUUAAUUUCAAUCGUUCAUUUUUCGAAAACAUGCUUGGAUCUAAAGGAUCCAGUCAAUGAUUUUUUCCAGCUGGAACUUUCGCAACUGUUUGCCUUGGUACCAUUUUCGCCAAUAUCUGCAUUUUUUGGAAAAUUUGUGAAUGUAAUUGCCACAUUUUGUUGGAGCUUUAUGGAUUUAUUUGUGAUGGUAAUGAGUGCCGGUCUCUCAUCGCGCUUCGAACAAAUUAAUGAAGAUUUGAAACGAGUCAAAGGCGAGCACAUGUCAGAGGACUUUUGGGCCUUGCGUCGAACACAGUAUCGUAAGCUUUCUGUUCUAUGUGGUCUGGUAGAUGAGGCGAUUUCUCAGAUAACAUUGCUGUCAUUUUCCAAUAAUUUAUUCUUUAUCGCCGUACAGUUACUUAGAAGUAUUCGGCCAAUGCGAUCCAUUCCGCAUGCUGUGUAUUUUUGGUUCUCACUGUCCUUUCUUAUUGGACGCACCUUGGCCGUUUCAUUGUAUUCUGCUAAGAUUUACGACGAAUCUAAGAAGACCAUUAAUGUUAUAAGAGCGAUUCCGACAAGCUCUUGGUGUAUGGAGGCCCGACGCUUCAGUGAGCACAUUGUCAACGACACAAUCGCACUGACCGGGAUGAGAUUUUUCUUCCUCACACGCAAACUUAUUUUAACCGUUUUAGGAACUAUCAUUACAUAUGAGCUCGUUUUGAUUCAAUUUCACACCGAAGAGUCACCUCAAGUUGCCUGUCGUAGAAAUUAAAAAAAAACUUAAUUAUAAUCCUUCAACGGAACUUGGAAGCAGAAGCAAAAAUCUUCGACAUAAAAUAGUGAUUUUAUUUAUUAAAUAUGGGUGCUCUUGUGUAUUAAAUUUUCGUAAAUCGGAACACUAAAUAUAGAUGGCACUUACAGCAAUGAUG